UUACUGUCAUGCAGUGUGAAACAUAAAUAAAGCAUAUUAGUUUUUGUAAAAAUCAUGACUUAAUACUCAGGCCUAAACUGUUAAUAUGAAAUAAUAAAUUUAAUAAAAUAACUGCCACUUACAUAUUUGUUUUAAUAAAUGACAUUAUGGAUGGUUUAAUUCACGCGGCAUUGGAAGCUGAGGUAAUACUAAACCGGGCGAAACAUGUGAACUCAAACUUGUCCCAAUAUAACAGUGGUGUCCCAGACCACAAAAUGACUUGGACCCAUGAUAAGAUGCACCUUGCUGAAUCUGUUGAUGAAUCUAGAAUGAAAUUUCAACGUAAUUCGUCCGGCUCUGCUUCCAAAGCUACAGAGAAGUUUGAUUUAUUUAAAAAACUUCAUGAACUUUACAACGAGUUAAGUAGAGAUGAAACGUUACAGGUGAACUAUCAAGGCCUGAAAACCACAUCAUAUCUAUUGGAGAAGUUAUUAGCAAUAUAUAAUCUUAAUACAUUAAUAAUAAAUCUGUAUCCAGGCAAUAAGGGAUAUUCUUUAUCAUUAAAAGUAAAUGGCAACUCACAACAUUUACAUCCACCGGAUGGCCAUUCAUCAUCAAAUCAAGAAGAGACUUUGAUAGAGACUCCCCGCUGGCCAUAUGAGGAAGAAGAAUUAUUGAGUUACAUUGACAAUGAAGAACUGCCUGUAGUGUUGUUAGACCUUUUGGAGACUGAGCACUCAUGCCUGUUUUAUUCUGGAUGCAUAAUAGCACAGAUCAGAGACUAUAGACAGGCAUAUCCAAGUUUUCUCUGCGAUACUCAUCAUGUACUCCUAAGGCCCACUAAUCAGAGUAUAAUAACUGAUGCAAUGUGUAUCGGUGGACGUUGUGGCUGGGCGGGCGAGGAGCGCGGAGCUCUGGAAGCGGUGGAGGCGGCACUCGUGCACGCGGCCGCGCCGCCACUGUGCCUCGACCCGCGCCCCGCCGUCGGCCUUCUAGCCGCGCGUCUACAUGCUGCCCCACGACUGUUUAAUACGCCCCGGAUUAGAAGGCAGGCCAAACGGUUCUCACAGGUGGCAGUGAAUAGAAAAAGGAAAUUGGAUCAAUUCACACAUUAUCACGGUUUAGAGAUAUUAGAUUUAAUACAUCGUCAAAGAGCGAAAAAUAGUAGACAAUCAGUGCCACUAACACGACUGACAUCUAAGUAUCCGAAAAAGCCACCAGAGGUGUUCAAACCAAUCGAGCCGCCAAAAAUGGAUCCGCUAUCACUAGCCGUGCCGUCGGAGCCGGGCGGUCCGCUGAGACUGGCGCGCGCGUACGAGCGGCCGCGGCCCACGCCCGACUGCUACCCGCAGCUGGUGGAGGAAUACAUCCUUGAGACUGAGAAGACGUCACCACACGCCAGCGCUGGUUUCUUCCACAUCAAACUAUCAAUAUUACAGAGGGCCGCCGACCAGGAGUUCCUUGGAGAACUCUAUGUAGACAGGGACCACGUUGAAGGCGAAACGAAUGGCGCCGCAUGUCGGUUUUCAUUAGGGUCAAGACUACAAGCGAAUAAAUAUAUACAACAGUUCACAGAGAUAUUUACCGAGGAAGGUCGGAAGUCUGUUAGGAUAAGACAUGUAGUGCCUGGCCAAAUGCCGAGGGUAUCCUUUACGGGAGGAAUGAGGGAACUGAACCAGCAACUCUUGCUACAACAGAGGUCGGCCGCUUCUGGCGCAACGACAGUACAGACUAACGCCACAACCGUUCCUGUUGUGACUUCCACGAUACAGUCAACAACGAAUACACAUACCAACGUCCGUCAAUUACCCAUCCUGCAGGCACAGUUACAGCAAGUGGGUAAUGUAGCAGCGGUAGGGAACGUGGUGAGCAAUGUGGGCAACGUCGUGGGCAACGUGAGCAACGUGGGCAACGUUGUGGGCAAUGUGGGCACGGUGGUGGGCAACGUAGUGGGCAAUGUGACCGCCACCAACGACACGGCGCUGAAGCAACAACCCUCCCCUACGACACCACGACUUUCGCCACAGGUGCGUAUUUGUGGGGGGAACGUGGUCGGAAGCGUGGGCAACAUAGUGGGCAACGUGGGCACUGUCGUGGGCAACGUAGUGGGGAACGUCAUCUCUACUACUGACACUGCGGUAAAGGAACAGCCCACACUUGCGACACCGCUGCUAUCGCCUCAGGCGUCCACCAAUCAGCUACUAGCGCAGCAGUUGACGAACCCACCGCAACCAAUCAAUCCUCAGAAGAUGCAGUCCGCCAUCAUUCACAUACAACAUCCGUUAAUGUCCACUGCUGGCACGUCUCAGGUACAGAACAUCCAAUACACGAACACGACGACCACGCAACAGAAGGCUACCAUAACCAAGCCUAGAACAACGAACCCAGCCAUCAGCGCCCUUGUUACUAGUCUUAUGAACUCUGCACAACAGUUCCAACAAGCGGCAGCCAGUCAAAAUGCAGCGAAAGCAGCAGUCAGUACAGCGAGUAGCAACGCGACGAUACUGAAUCUAUUGAACAGCGCGCCGGCCGCCAUGACGCACGCCACCGCGUCAACUGCUGAUAAUAACACUAUCGAUGCCCACAAACUACUCGGCCGGGUCUCUAUAGCUGGAGCAAGAAUCAUCACUGCCACUACCGCAUCACAUACAUUACCCACGUACACACAACAGGGAGUUGGUGUCCAAGUAAUGAGCGGUUACUCGAGAGAGAACGAAGCGACGAAUGUGUCGAGUAGUGAAAGUGCUCUAUUAGAGCGACUGAUGGGUCCCGACACGUCGGCCGCGCCCACUACGCAGCAACAACCCGUAUGCCAUUUGCAGGGCUUAAGUUUAGCAUCACUUCAAGGUCUACAAGGUAUUCAGGGUCUUCAGAACGUACAAGUUCAGAUCCCGGGUUUGUCUGCUCCGAUAUCUCUGUCCUUGAACGUGUCCGGGGCGCCUAGUGGUCUGCUAGUGUCGGUGCCCCCUACUACGUCCGUCGUACUCGCAAACCAACCUUCGGUGCUCUCUUUGCCUAUAGCGCAACUGAUGUCAGGCGGCGUGAAGGGCGGCGUCCGCGGCGGCGGCGUGCAAGUAGUGCGCAGCGGGCGCGCCCCGCGGCCCGCGCCGCGCCUCCGCCGCGCC